AUCGCGUAGUGUCUAACGUACACGUUCAACGAGAAGAAAUGGCAAGUGAAAAGACAUCGCAGGAAUUCGAUUAUUUGGCGUAUAUUAGAGAUUUGUUAAAAAUUACUUAUCCAACUGAAGCAACAUUAUAUCUCGAUGGUAUCUCAGUCAUGGAAACUGUGCAAGUACGAAAUCUUAUAAAAAUUCAAAUACGCCACCCGAAUGGAUACUUAUGCAUAUAUGAUAUCAAAAUUAAUGGCUUUAUGAAUAUUAAUCAUCGGCAAUGGAUACGGUAUCAGCGUCGUCAAUAUAAGGAGUAUUUAUACUUUUUAUGGGAAGAAAUUACUCGCGAGGACGUAUUUGAUCUGCAGAGACUCUUUGGUUUACGUCCAUAUGAAGAUGAUAAAGAAGUGUGGUGAACAGUGUCUACAGGAUAUUCUCAUUAUUUUGAAUGAAUAAUUACAUAAUUGAAUAA